AUGGCGUGUGGCUAUGUUGAUGACUUCUGCUUGUCUCGUGUUGGACGUAUCGCCAGCCUCAGCUUUCUUGAUUUAAGCGAAUGCCCUAAAAUUACGGCUAACGGUUUAGCCUCACUGAGCCACCUCAGGAAUCUUCGAUACUUGUCUCUGGAUGAUAAUCCUCUACUCGAGCAUAGAGAACUUGUCAGUCUUCUGCUUGAGGAUAAGCUGCCUCACCUCUACAUUCAGGGUGUCGAAUAUGUUGGCCAACUUCCAGCUGAUUCACUUCGUCGCAUCCUGGCCCUGGCCCCUCCAAACGAAAAUCCUCUAUCUGAAGAUAACCGAGAGACUGGUGACUCGACUUUGACUCUGCCAACCUCCAAAGAUGAAAUCCUUUCACUCAACCAAGGGCCACCACCCACAGAUUCAGAGGCGCGUUUACCACAUAAAACGAAAAUGGACGAUAAUACAGGAAUGGAUUAUCGAGAUCUUCGAAAACUUGUUAUAGAAUAA